UUAAUAUUUUUUUAAUGUUAAAUAAUAAUAAAUAGUAUAAUAAAUUCAAUAAAAGUAUAUAUUUUUAAUACAACACAGAAAACCGAUGAAAUAGAUUUUCUUACAGUCAUAUCAUGUAUCUGAGACAUCUAUCGUAUUAAAAAUAGUUGAUCAUAAUUCGUCACCGUGAAGUAUUUUAAAGUUAAAAGUUAAAACGAUCAUAAGAAAAUUUUUUAUAAUAAAAAAAAGUUUUUUUAUAAUAAAAAAUAAAUGUUUGUUAUUUAAUUAUUUCUUUUAAUCAUUGCUUAGUGUAUAAUAAUAUAGUGUAUAAAUUCCUUUUCUCAAGAAAUCAACAAAAUUAAUGGGGAAUGAAAAAAGUGCCCUUAAUGGGCUUAAAAUUAAUGAACAACCUGUGGAAAUAACAGAUUUUUGGAUACAUUAUAUGGCUUAUAUGAAUGGUCAUAAUAUACAAAAUAUUUCAGUAUUUAUCAGUGAACCAUCUUUGCAUUAUAAUGCAAAUUUUGGAAAUCCAUCGCCUUUAGAAAAAGCUGCAAAGAAUUUAAUGUUAUAUAGACAUCCUUGUAUAUUGAAGUAUGUUUCUUCAUGGUCGAAAGGUGGUAAAUUUUUUCUAGCUACUGAACAAGUUAAACCUUUAAUUCAAUCAAUAGAAAAUCAAAGUACAUUGCAAAUAUGCAUGGGCCUAUAUAGUAUUUUACGUGCAUUAGUUUUUCUUCAUGAGAAAGCAUAUAUGUCUCACAAUAAUCUUUGUGAAAGUUCCAUUUAUGUUACACUAGAAGGAUGUUGGAAACUUGGUGGAUUAGAAUGUUUAUGUAAAUUUAAAGAUUUAACUUCUUUUUAUUUGCAAAGAAUAAGAAAGUAUAGAUAUGAAAAAGCAAUAUCUUCUAAUGAAGAUACAAUUUUCAUUUCAAAAAAUUUUAGAACAAUUGAUGUAUAUGCAUUUGGAGUUUUAGCAGAAGAUACAUUAAAAUUAAAGGAUCCAGCCGAUGUACCCAGUCUUUUAGAAUUUAAACAAUUUUGCAAAGAAAAUCUGCAAAAUCCAGAUCCUUCUUUACGAACUGAAUUAUCUCAUAUACUUCAACAUCCAUUUUUCACCCAUGAUUUCAUGAAAAUAUAUGCAUUUUUAGAUGAAUUACCUUUAAAAAAUAGUCAAGAAAAAGAAAUAUUUUUUAGAACCUUAAUAAAAAAAUUGAAGAUAUUUCCUGAAAAUAUUAUUGCAGAACAAUUAGGUCGUUUAUUGCUUUCAAGAAUGGUUUUAUUAGACAUAACAGCUCAAGAACAGCUUUUACCAUUUAUUUUAAAACCAAAAGAUGAAAAUGACAAGACAAGUAGUAACUUAUUUUCAAUUUCUACAUUUAAAGUCUACUUGGUACCCAAAUUGUUGCAGAUGUUUUGUAUACGAGAUGUAUCAAUACGUUUAGUGCUUUUAUCACAUUUUAAUUCAUUUGUUUACACAUUUCAAGAUGAUGAAUUAAAGUCUCAAAUACUUCCUGAAUUACUUGUUGGAAUUAAAGAUACAAAUGAUCAUCUUGUAUCUGCAACAUUAAAAGCAUUAGCCGAUAUAGUUCCCAUCCUAGGUGCUGCAACUGUAAUUGGCGGAAAAAGAGGAAAGUUAUUUACAGAUGGACGACCAAAUAAAUUAAAAGAUAACAACGAAAUUGACAAUAACAUAAAUAUUGCUCAACUUACUAUUCCUAUGAGUAUUCAAAAAAUAAUUGAUUUACCUGAAAGACCAUCUCCAGAUGGUGGUGAAGAUAAAAAAGAGAUUACAUCUUCAAUUAUCGAAGAAGAAUACACAUGGUCUGAUUGGGAUGUACAAGAAACAGGAAACAUUCUUAAAAUUUUACAGCCUUCCAACAAAAUAUCUCAAUUCCAAUCAAAAUCCAAUGACAUUUCAAUUCCUAAUUCAACAUUGAAAAUUACUACAGAUGUAGUAUUAAACAAAAAUAAAACUACUGAAUUAAAAUUAACAAAAAAGUCGUCUAUUUUAUCCGAUAUUUCAGAACUUGAUAUUAAAAAUUCAAAAUUAAUUGAUUCCAUUAAAGAAGAAUAUAAUUAUUUCACAGAUAUGGAGCCUGUGAUAAAAAAAACACAAAUUUUGCAUGUACAACAACCACAAAUAAUAAAAAGUGUAUUUGAUGUGACAGUAUUAAACGAAUUAGUUGAAGAAAAUAAUGGAUGGGAAGAAAAUUUAAGCGAUUGGGAGACUGAAGAUUCUCAAGAAGUAAAAAAUUAAAAAAAAAUAUAUAUAUAUAUAUUAAAUAAAUAUACAUAUAUAAUUUUUUUAUUAUAUUUCUUGUAUUUUAAAGUAACUUAACUAAAAUUACUUAUUUAUUUUCUUAAAAUUUAUUUAAAAUUUAUUUUUUGAAUACAUCAAUAUUGUUUGUUAUUACAAUGUUAAUAUGCAUUACAAAUAUAUUGUAAU